CGUUUCUUUGCACUGCUUGGCCUCGUUUCUUUGAACUGCUUGGCUCCCCCCCCCGGCAGUCCUGACUCAUUAUCAAUACCCAGGCUGCGAGCUUGUUGGCCCCAGAGUCCGCAGCAUCGCCGUGUCCUGCGCAUCGACCAUUUCAAAUUCGCUCUUGCGAGACCUCAUCCAUAUAUAUUCCCUUUCGUCGCUCGCCUCCUCAGACUCGCUGAAUCGCUCCGUCUGCCUCCCGGUCGCAUCAAUCGCUGCUCAACUGUCGCAUUACAUAUCCACAAUGUCGCUGUUCCUGGACUGCGCCGUGCCUGCCGUCUCUCUGGCCAGUCUUGCCCUCGCCGGCUUGCUCCAUAUCCCCGAUUCGUUCAUCCAGACCCACCACACCUCGUUCCUCGCCGCGGCGCUUGGCGUGCAUUCGCUCCUCGAGCUAUGGAACCAGUCUCUGCUCGUCAAGCACUCGCGACUCAUCCAGCGCAAGCAGCCAUCCGCCGGGCCCCAUCCGGCCCGCCUUCUCACCCACUUCCACUGGGGCUUCUUCUACCUUGUCGCUGCUGGAGUCGUCUCUACAGGCGUUUUCCUGCACGGGCCAGCUUUUGUCCAGCAGCACCGAUCGCUCCUGCAGCUGGUCUUCCAGUCGCUCUGGGUCACCGAUCUGGUCCCUGACAUUGUCUGGACAGCCCUCCCACAGUCGGUCUUCAGCGCCCCGUCGCUGCACUUUGCCGUCGAGUCGGUUGUCUCCCUCGUCGCCCUCGAAUGGUUCCCUGGCUCGUCCAUCGGUUCGGGAAUCCUGGCCAUCGUCAUUACCCAGCUGGCCCUCGAUCGCCUGGCCCAGCUCUGGGUCCUGACGUCGCAUCUCUGGGUUGACUUUCACCGAUACAACCUGGACGAAGGCGUCUCCCUGGACUCGAGCACUGCUGAAAAGCAUGCCGAUUCGCCAUCCACAAAGACGCUCCACCACCAGCACCAACUUGGCUCCCUCGACAAGCUGAUCCUGACCCUCUCCAAGCGCCAGCUGAUCGUCUUCAACGGCGCCCUAUUCACCUUCUACAUCUACGGCCUGAAGGUCAUGCUCAUCUUUUCGGCAUCGCUGCUGUACAUCCAGCACUUUGCCUCGACCCUGGAGACAUCGGGCUCGUGGUACUACCCGAUCCUGUGUGUCGUCUGCCUGUGGUUCAACCUGGAUCAGCAUGCCCUCAACGUGCUCUCGCAUCUCCAGCUCUAUUGAGCCCGCCCAGCCAGUUGUUUCAUCCCAUUCUCCGCAUCCAUCCUUCAUUCAUUCAUCCAUCCAUCCCAUCCACCCAUACGCCCGUCGAUGCGUCCGCCCCGUUGGAUGACAUUCGUCGCUGUCUCUUUGUAUCUUCUAUCUUGUGUAUCUGUCCAAUCGCUAUCUUGUCUGUCGUUCUAUCGGUAGAUCUCCAUGCUCUCCUUGUGCCAUAUCCCCCAUCACUGUUCUUGUCGCUUUGUCUGUUGAAUCAAUACAUCUGUCCAUCUCCUUUCC